GUACAUUGUAUUUCUCUAUUUGCUAUCGCGAAGUAAAAGUUAUUAAAAAUGUCUGACAAGGAAGAAGACGCAAAAGAAAAUGUUGAUGACGCACAAGAUAAUAUUGAUGAACCACAAGAUAAUAUUGAUGAACCACAAGAUAAUAUUGAUGAACCACAAGAAAAUUUUGAUGAACCACAAGAAAAUCUGGUAGACGCAGAAGAAAAUGUUAUUGAAACACAAGAAAAUGUAGUUGAAGUACCAGAAAAUGUAGUUGAAGUACAAGAAAAUGUAGUUGAAGUACAAGAAAAUGUUGAUGAAGUACCAGAAAAUGUUGAUGAAGCACAAGAAAAUAUUGAAGAAGACAGACAACAAUUCGAUGAAGAGGUUAUAGGUGAAAUAAUGGAAGGAGGACAGGAAGAAGAACAAGAGUAUCAAGAGACAGAUGAAGAAGGAGAAUACGAAGGCGAGGAAGACGCGGAAUCAAUAUUGACAAUUUAUGACCCGGACGACUAUAUCUCGGGGGCAGUCAGUAGCCCGCAGUCAACGAUUCCACCUGAUAUAUUCGAAUUCGAGUAUUCUUACGGUUACAACUGUCAUAAGUUUUUUAACCUCUGCGCGUGCGACGAUAUGGUCGUAUGCUUUUCAUCGGGCAGCAUGAUUACUUUCUUGGACGUGAAUACUAAACAGACAUGGUUUCGACGAAGCACUACCGGAGGAACAGUUGGAAGUAUAACGUCUUACAGAAAAGACCCUAACUACCGUAUAGUGAUAGCAGAGGACAGAGAAGGCAACCAAGAGCCAUUAAUAAUUAUGUAUACCUGGCCUCAAAUGGAAAUGGAUGCGGUUCUUCGCGAUGGUACCGCGAAUGGAUAUGCUAUUCUUGAUUUCAGCCCUGAUGGAGAACUGCUGGCGUCUGUGGGUAAAGAGCCAGAUUUCAAUUUGACCAUCUGGAACUGGAAACGUCAUAAGAUUCUUCUACGUACUAGUGCAUUUACAUACGGAGUUCAUGCUGUCAUGUUUUCACCAUAUUGUGAAGGACAGCUCACUACUGCAGGCGCUGCUCACAUAAAAUUUUGGAAAAUGGCACAAACAUUUACUGGCCUUAAAUUGAAAGGAGAACUUGGCAGAUUCGGGAAAACUGAAAUCUGUGAUGUCCUUGGUGUUUAUCCAAUGCCCGACGAAAAGGUACUGUCGGGAUGUGAAUGGGGUAACAUUUUAGUUUGGGAGGCUGGCCUCGUAAAAUUAGAAGUGACGCAAAGGGGACGAAAAGUCUGUCAUAACGCUCCAAUUAUCCAAUUCAUGUUGAGCGCAGCUGGUGAUGAAGUGACAACGAUAGCUCGUGACGGCUGUGUCCGUGCUUGGUACUGGGACACGGUAGACCAAGCUGAUCCUCCAGAAGACGACCCUUUUGUUGAACUUAACCCUGUAGCUGAGACUUGUGUUCGUACUCUGUCGAUUAACACUUUGUUUUCGUUUAACGCUUCCUAUUCUGUUUUGGUCCACUAUCGUCGUGGCGUAAUAGGACGGUCUGAAAUGAAAUGGUAA